UUUGCUGUUUGCGAGAGGGCCUGUGUCGGAUGCUGUAUUAUAUCAAAUUGUUUAUUGUGCAUGUUAUUACUGUGAAUGGAAGUUGAUUUGUAUCGCGAAGAAAGUGCCGACCGCCGGGCGUUCGUCUCGCAACAUUAUAAUUCUCAUCGAUCCUGAAUAAUACCCUCAGUAUAAUUUUACAAAAUGGCCGUCGAUCCUCAAACAUAUACGAAGAACAUAGAAGACCAAGAUACUGACACUUACGUAUCACAUCACAAAAGACGGGACUAUGAAUGGCAAAUAGUCUGGCGAAACGUAUUAGCGUUUGUUUACUUACACGUAGCCACUUUCUACGGCUUAUACCUCAUUUUCACUGGAAGGGCCAAACUCUGGACAGUCCUUUUUGCUGUAUUUUUUGCGUCGACGUCAGCGAUGGGAGUAACAGCAGGAGCACAUAGACUUUGGGCACAUAGAGCUUAUAAAGCAAGAUGGCCCCUCAGAUUGAUUUUAGCUGUUCUUCAAACUAUGGCCUUUCAAAACCACAUAUAUGAAUGGGUUCGAGAUCACAGGGUACAUCAUAAAUUUACUGAAACGGACGCCGAUCCCCAUAAUGCAAAGAGGGGGUUCUUCUUUUCACACAUCGGUUGGCUGAUGGUGCGAAAACAUAAAGACGUAUUCGAAAAAGGAGCUUCAGUGGACAUGUCGGAUCUAGAGAAAGAUCCCAUCGUCAUGUUCCAAAAAAAAACAUAUCUAGUGUUGAUGCCGGUGCUGUGUUUCAUUUUGCCGGCCUGGAUGCCAGUUCUACUAUGGAACGAGAAUCCCUGGUCCUCGUGGUACGUCGCGUCGAUCCUGCGAUACACAUUCUCACUGCACUUCACCUGGCUGGUCAACUCAGCAGCUCAUAUCUGGGGCAAUCGGCCUUACGAUAAAUACAUAGGCGCCACAGAUAACAAAACCGUUGCUAUCUUAGCAUUCGGAGAAGGUUGGCAUAACUACCACCACGUAUUUCCAUGGGACUAUAAAGCAGCGGAAUUGGGAAAUUACAGUACGAAUAUGUCGACUGCACUUAUAGAUUUUGCAGCGAAAUACGGAUUGGCUUACGACCUCAAAACAGUUUCCAUGGAAAUGAUUCGUAAAAGAGUACAAAGAACAGGUGAUGGUUCACAUCCACUAGAUAGGAAAGACGAUUCCCACGAUCACGACGAUCAUCAGCAUCCUGAAAAUCCCGUUUGGGGUUGGGACGACACCGACAUGCCGGAAGAAGAUCGAAAACUUGCUGAAAUAGCCCACAAAAUAGACUGAACUUAUAUAAAUUUAAUUACCUGCCAAAUUUUUUAUUUAACAUGUCGUUGGAGGAUAAAAUUUAGAUCUUGUAAAUGUCAGAAGCAAACCGUUGAACGAUAGUUUAUUUAUUACUUAAGCAUUUUGCCAGCAGCAAAAAGAGAGCUAGUGGAGCGAGUUAUUCUUAGAAGUGUAGAAAUUUUAUUUAUUUCUCUUGGUGAGAUUUCAGUUAUAGAAUUAAAUAAAACGGUUUGCUUCAUUUAUUCGAAUGUGACUAUAUAUCAACCAUUUAGCUGUAAAAUAUAAAUGACUUUAUUGGUACUGCUCAAAUUAUUUUCUAAGGUUAAAUUGUAAAAUGAAAAUUUUAAAUAUUAAGUUUUAAGUAUUGCUUUUAUGUCGAAGUCAACAGCAAGAGAAGAGGUAGUAAUUGGCUUAGCUCUGAAAUGUAACAUUUUGAAUUAUCUGAAUCUAGGUGGAAGGCCAAUCAUUAUAAUGUAACCUUACUCUAUUAUCUUCGAGACUGUUCAAUUAUUAAUAAGGUUUCUAGGAUAUAAUUAUUGAGUUUUAUUUGUGGUUGUGUUAAAAGUGUAAUAUAUAGUAGGUACAAUUAUUUAAGUACAAUAUAGUUGACAAAGCGGAAUCAUGACUUGAGAAUCACCUGGUUGAGAGUAAUAAUAACAAUUAUUAAUUAAAAUCUGUUAUUAUCAAAAUUAAUUUGUGAAUUUCCGAAUAUAGAAUUGAUCAUAAGUCCACUUUGUCGAUGUUAUAAGUGAGCUUAAUAUUUUUUAUGCAACGACUUUUACGAAAGGUCUGUAUCAAAAUAAAUGAAGAAAUUUAAUUUACCUAAUAUCUUGAAGAUAUCGUUAUUUGUAAUACUAACCAAUGAUAUUCGAAUCUUUAAUGAUUUCUCAAAAAAAAACUGUUGCAAAAUUGUUGUUAUCAUUUUUCUAAUUUAUUAGUCAUACCAUUAUUAUUCGUGAUAAUAUAAGGAGAAAUUGCUGAAAUCAGGGGUACUAAUAAUAAAUUUAUUACUGUAUUAGCUGGUAUAACGUUAUUUAUUUUUGUAGUGUUAUAUUAACUUUAAUACAUGUAGUAAUUUAACGACUACCUACCUACCUAUCUAGUGUAAAAUGGUUCAAAAGUUUGUAAGAUAUUUAUUACUAAUGAUAUAUGGGGAAUAUAAAUAAAAAAUACAUCGAAAAAAUAUACCUAA